CUGCCAACAGGAUAUAUCUUACAACACGGCCUUUCUUUUCAUUCCCCUUAGACUUUUAAGAAUGGCUUCUACUAACAUUAUGUCUCCAACACCUUCCACCACCACGCCUACCUGGCACCGGUUCGAAAGGAAGGUGGAGGAGGUGAAGUCAUCCAAAAGUGAUAUCAAUUUCCUGAUUAUGGACUAUCUCGUUACAAAUGGAUAUCCCUUAGCGGCAAAGAAAUUUGCGGUCGAGGCCAAUAUCCAACCUCAAGCAGACAUAGAAUCUAUGCAGGAGCGAGUAGAUAUUCGGAAUGCUAUCUAUUCCGGGGACAUACAGUCGGCAAUCGAGAAGAUCAAUGAACUUAACCCUCAGAUUUUAGACUGUAAUUCUUCGCUUCACUUCGCACUCCUUCAGUUGCAACUGAUCGAGCUGAUACGGACUUGUACAUCGACUCCUAAUGGUGACAUCUCCCUCGCACUUGACUUCGCAACAUCGCAACUAGCCCCGCGGGCCCCGACCAAUCCUCAAUUUCUUGAGGACCUAGAGAAGACAUUGUCCCUACUAAUUUUCCCAGCUGAAAGUCUCUCUCCAUCAUUGGCUGCAUUGCUGGAUCCAGAGCUACGAAAAACAAUUGCAAAUCGUGUUAAUGAAGCUAUCUUGCACAAUCAAGGUGCCAAACGUGAAGCUAGGCUUCGAAACUUGGUGAAACUACGAGCCUGGGCAGAACAAAAGGCCCGCCAAAUGAAAAAGGAUGUUCCCGAUAAACUUGAUAUCGGACUCGACGGAGAUACCCGGAAAGCCAAUAAUGCUUCAGAUGCUUCUCAGCAUAAUGGAGAUGAUGUCGUCAUGCAAGAACAGGCGGAUGUGGACCCUAUGAUUUCAUGAUUGAACAUAUGAUACCCCAUUCAUUCGCAUUGUAAAGGGUGCAUUGCACUGCUGUUGAUCUUUUUAAUGAUCAUUAGGGUACUUGGUUGUCUUAUUAGCGAGGUGUUUGGGAGCUUGUCUUUUCCCGGUACCGGAUGGGAAGCAUUGGCUUAACCUGAGUUGGGAUGUCUUCAAAUUGCCUUGAGCUCUGGAUUUGCUGACUCACACUUAUUUAUAUUACUGAAUUAUGUAGCUACUUCAAUCUGAAUUUUGACCUAAAAUAUUAUUGAAGUCACAUUGUGUAGAAACCUCAGGCCUGAGACUGGAAAAGAGCGAAACAGUCAAAAGUAGGCAACAAACAAAAGAUUCAAAUCAGGGUAUAUUUAGAAAUUCAUCAUAUCUCUUCCAAACAUCGCCCUCUUUGCCCAAUCCAUUGACAACAUCACUCUCGUCCUCAAACUCACGCUUUGAGCAAAAUAAAUACUGCGCCAUAAAUACACCGCCAGCAGUCCACCUCCCCAACUCAACCCGUUAAUAUCAAACACAGCCGCAUUGCCGAUGUACGCCAGACUCCCAAGAUGCUUGUAUUCAAACGCCCGGUACACGGAUUCAUCCAGGGUCGCAUAAUCAGUCUCAUUGGCCUUGAGGUCUGGUGAAACAGAAGCCAUCUUAUUGAAUUUUCGACCCAGGUACUGACCCUGCUGAUUUGCUCGCUGGGCUGUAGCGGGAAGGGAAGUGAGCUUCGUGUCUAUUUGUGAGAGGAGUUCGUGAAGUUCGUCGAAGUCGAGGGUGCCACUUCGGUCCUUGUCGUACUGCUCGAAUAAUCGGUCCAGUCUUCUGAGGUGAUUGGAAGCCUGUGGGAACCGCUUCUUCACACGUGAGGCUACAUCACGCCAUUCUUUGAAGGUAAGGUGGACUUUCUCCGGGUCCCUGCCUUUCUCCCAGGCAACGGUGCGCAAGAAGCUUACUAGGUGAUCUGCUACUUUGUUCUGGACGGUUGAGCAGUCUCCGAUGGCAUACACAUCACCUGCGGGAGCACCAAGGAGUCGGAGGUGAGUGUCAGUUUCGAGAGCGUGACGGUUAUUCUGGCCUUUGAGCUUCUUGGAAAUCUUCUGACAAAAUUCGGUUUGGGCUUGAAAGG